UGCGUAAGAUCUAUAUCUGCGCAGGAAUAAAUAUUUCAAAACAUGGGACGCAUCUUUCGCAAGAUCAGACUUUUAGUUUGGAAGAAUUUUGUUUUACAGAUUAGACGACCGAUUGGUACAGCAGUUGAAAUAUUAUUACCAGUUGCAUUUAUAGCCUUACUUAUACUUGCCAGGACUGGGAUAAAAGAAAACAAGAAAUGUUUUAGUUCUCAGCCUCCUUAUUUUCCAUCAUCUCCAGCAGCAAUUAUUGAGUAUAAAAUGCUUGCUCAGAAAUCGAAUGGAAUAAAAUUUGAAAAUGAAUCGCUUAAACUUUUAUACUGGCCAAUAAAUAAUAACACUGCUAGAUUGCUGCAAGCAGCUUCAACUAACUUAAACCUUGAUCUUGCUACUAAUGAUUCAAAUGGAAAUGUUUUCAAAUCUGAGCAAGAUGUUCUGACUGAAGCAAAAGAACAUCAAGAAUACGUUUUAGGAGCUGUAAUUUUUCAAAAUGUUAAUGAUGAUCAGCCAUUACCAAAAAAAAUAGAAUAUUCUAUAAGACUAUUACAUUCUACUGCUAAUCUCUAUACACAACAGCGAAGUUGGAUGACCAAAUGGAUUUAUCCAUUCUUUAUACCUGCAGGUCCUCGGUUAAAGAGCUUUUAUAAGAGUCCAUUUCUUGCUCUGCAAUACUACAUUGACACAGGCAUCAUUCAAGCACAAACCAAUAAUAAAACAUAUCAAGCUGUAGAAAUUCUUCAACAAUUUCCAUAUCCUGAUUAUAUUGAAGACUUGUUCUAUACUAUUAUAAAAACCACUAUGCCACUUGUUAUUGUGUUAGCUUUCGAAUACACUGCUGUUACUAUUAUAAAAGAAUUGGUUGCAGAAAAAGAGAGUCGUCUUAAAGAAAGUAUGAAAAUGAUGGGGCUUGCAAAUUGGUUACACUGGCUUUCAUGGUUUAUUAAAAAUUUUUUAUUUUGGUUGUGUACUAUAAUUCUUCUAACAAUUCUAUUAAAGGGUGGAAAAGUAUUUCCUAACAGCAACGGAUUAUUUAUAUUUGUGUUUCUAUUGUUGUACAUUUUGGCAAGUAUUGCUACACUAUUUUUUGUAAGUGUACUGUUUUCUAAUGCAGUUCGUGGAAUGUUGUUUGGUGCGUUACUAUGGUUUGCUUCUCUUGCUCCUUACCUUUCCUUUUCAGAUGAUCAAUCUUUUAAGACUUUAUCAAGAGCUGGAAAAACUGGCUCUUGUGUUUUGCCUAACACUUGUCUUGGAAUAAUUGUUCAGUUAAUUUCACAAUGGGAAGCUGGUAAAGUUGGUGUCCAGUUCAAUAAUUUGAACAGUUACUUUACUGUAGAUGACAAUUUUACAAUAGGUCAAGCUUUCGGAAUGCUUAUAUUUGAUUGUUUUUUCUAUGGAAUAUUAACUUGGUACAUAGAAAAUGUUUUCCCAGGAGAAUUCGGUGUUCCGCGGCCAUUUUAUUUUCCUUUUCAAUGCUCUUAUUGGUGUGGAUCUAAUCACACUAAGAAUUUUGCUCAAAAUCAAAUUGAUUCUAAAUUGGUGCAUUCAGAAAAUUGUGAAGAAGAACCAGUUGGUUUGGAAAUAGGUGUUUGCAUAAAAGAGUUACGCAAAGUUUAUAAGGGAGCUACUGGAGAUAAAGUUGCUGUAGAUAGACUUUCAUUAAACAUGUAUAAAGGACAAAUCACCUGUUUGUUAGGUCACAAUGGUGCUGGUAAGACAACAACGAUGUCUAUUCUAACUGGGCUGUAUACACCUACUAGUGGCACUGCUACAAUUAAUGGUAAAAGUAUUUUUAAAGAAAUGGACAGAAUUCGUGAUAGCCUUGGUUUAUGUCCUCAGCAUAAUGUCUUGUUUGAUCGCCUUACUGUCAGAGAACACUUAGAAUUUUUUACUGGUUUAAAAGGUAUUUCUAAAGAUAAAGCACGUACAGAGAUUGAUCAAAUGUUGUUGGACAUUCAACUUCAUGACAAAGCUAAUCAGCAAUCAUCAACACUUUCUGGUGGUAUGAAAAGAAAACUAAAUUGCGCCAUUGCAUUGAUUGGGGGUUCAGAAACAGUAUUUCUUGACGAACCAACUUCAGGAAUGGAUCCUUAUGCUAGACGAGCAACAUGGGAUUUACUUCAAAAAUACAGAAAAAAUAAAACUGUUAUUCUAACAACCCAUUUUAUGGACGAAGCAGACUAUCUUGCUGAUCGCAUUGCCAUAAUGGCAGAAGGCAAGCUGAAAUGCUGUGGUUCAUCAUUAUUUCUUAAGAAAAGAUACGGUGUUGGAUAUCAUCUUACUCUUGUUAAAGGGAAUAAUUUCAAGGAAACAAAAACAAAAUCCUUAUUUGCUGAAAAAAUUCCAACAUCAAAGUUAGUGAGUAAUAUUGGUGCAGAGAUAAGUUAUAUAUUAGAUGAAGAAAAUUCAAAGCAUUUCAAAGGUCUUUUUUCAGUAUUGGAAGAACAACAACAAGAUUAUGGUAUUUCUAGUUUUGGUGUUUCUGUAACAACAUUAGAAGAGGUAUUUUUAAAAGUUGCUGAAUCUGAAAGUAGUGAACCUGAAGAUGUUGUUUUGAAAAGUGAAGAAAAUUUACAACUACAGUACAAUGUCAAUAAAUUGGAAUCGAAUUCUCAAAUUAAGUUAAACGGUGGCUUAAAGCGAUAUUUGAUUCAAUUCCAAGCCAUGUUUAUAAAGCGCUUGCUACAUAGUAUUCGAGAGAAAAAAGCUGUGUUUACACAAAUCAUUCUACCGCUUCUUUUAGUUCUUAUUGGCUUAUUGUUAGUUACUUCCAGUAAAAAUACACAAACAGAUGAUCCUUUGCUAAAACUAGAUCUUUCAAUGUUGAAAGACAGAUCUAGUAGUUUAGUUGCGUACUUUGCUGAUUAUACAUUUACUCCUGAGUUAAAAAUGAUGAGUUUAAACUACUACAAACCAAUAGGUGUUGAUCUCCAAGACAUUACUAUUCAAUCAGCUCAAAUUAGUUUAAGCAAUCAAGUUAAUAAUGUAAAUCUUCUUUACACAUCUCCUACUUUUUCUGGAAAUAAUGAUGAAGCGUGUUGUCAGUUCAAGUAUUUUGUUUUAAACCAAGGGUGUCAAAACAAAAUUUUGGCAAAUGCAGAUUUAAAAACAAAGUGUCUUGCUUUAAAAAACACAUUUGGCUACAGCAGUUGUCCUCAAUGCGUUGAAAUUAAUUCUACAUUUUGUGAAAACAGUACACCGGAACUAUCAAGGAUUAAUCUAAAUGAUAAAAAUGUUUACUAUCAAGAAUAUAUUUUGGAAGACAGUGGUAAAAAACUGUAUGAUUACUUUCAGAAAUAUGUUGCUGGUUUUAGUGCUUCUAAUAAAAAAUAUUCAGUUUGGUAUAGUAACCAGGGAUGGCACACUAUAGCAGCUGCAUUCAGUUCUGGGAGCAAUAUUCUACUAAAGUUUUUUACAAAUAGUAGCGAUUAUGGAAUUGUUACUAACAAUUUUCCACUGCCUAGAAACACACUAGAACAGAUUGAAUUAACAGCACGGAAUGGUUCAAAUUUGUCCUUAGUUAUAUUUAUUGCCAUGGCUUGUUCAUUUAUUGCUGCAAGCUUUAUUACAUUUAUUGUUAAUGAAAGAACUUCAAAAGCAAAACACAUUCAGUUUGUAAGUGGUGUAAACUCUAUUUGCUAUUGGCUUGGAACAUUUUGCUGGGAUUUUAUAAAUUAUUUAGUCCCUGCAUUAGGAAUCAUCAUUUUAUUUGCAGCUUUUAAUCCUUCUGACUACACAGGUCAACUUGGCGCUAUUGUAUUGAUUUUAAUUCUGUUUGGAUUAGCAGUUUUACCAUUUACAUAUUUGCUUGGCUUCUUGUUUACAAACUCUUUGAUUGCUUAUUCAGUUGUUGCUCUCCUUCUCAUGGUUAUCAGCUUGGCUAUGGUAAUUGCUAUAUUUGUGUUGCGAUUAAUUGAUGAAGUUCCAUUGGCUGACAAAUUAAACUUAUUGUUUGCUGUGAUUCCAACUUAUGCAUUGCCACAAGCUUUUUCUGAUAUUUCAUCAAAUCUUGGUAAAAAGACGGCUUGCACUGUGAAUUCAAUAACGGAGCGGAACUGUCGUGCAAACAGCAUAGUAUAUUUUGAUAAUGUUUUAACAUGGAGUUACCCAGGAAUUGGAUAUUUAUGCUUUUACAUGUUUGUGGAAUUUGUUGUUUACUUUACUAUUGUUUUGCUCAUUGAGGAGGGGUUUUUUGUUGGAGGUUUGUUUAAAGCAACUGCUACAGUUUCUACCAUUCGAGAUGGCGAGGAUGAAGAUGUUCAAGCAGAAAAAAAGCGCGUUGACAUGAUGGCCUAUGAGGAUAUAAAGUCUCAUGCUGUUGUGGUGAAAGAUCUUUCUAAAGUGUAUCAUUCAAAUGGAAUGGUUGCUGUUGAUCAUUUAAGUUUUUCUAUACCUAAAGGAGAAUGUUUUGGCUUGCUUGGUGUUAAUGGUGCUGGUAAAACUACAACUUUUGGUAUGCUGACUGGUGAGCUAAGCUUAUCAUCUGGGACAGCUUUUUUGCAUGGUUAUAACUUGCAGACUCAACUUAAAAAAGUUCAACAAAGAAUUGGUUAUUGUCCUCAGUUUGAUGCACUGAUUGGUCGAAUGACUGGUAGGGAAAUGCUUAGAAUGUUUGCACGUCUGCGUGGGGUGCCAUCUAAUAAUCUUGAAGAAGUUGUAAAUGCAGCUAUUGAACAGCUAAAUCUUUCUGCAUGGGCUGAUAAAAUGUGUGGUGAUUACAGUGGAGGCAACAAGCGCAAAUUAAGUACAGCAAUUGCGAUUGUUGGAGACCCAGCCAUUGUAUUUUUAGAUGAGCCAACGUCUGGUAUGGAUCCAGUUUCUAGGAGAUUUUUAUGGAAUACACUUAUUCAAAAACUCAAUGCAGGUCGAUCUAUUGUUCUUACCUCACACAGUAUGGAAGAAUGUGAGGCAUUGUGUACACGCCUUGUAAUCAUGGUUAAUGGUCAAUUUAAAUGUAUUGGAAGCAUUCAACAUUUAAAAAGUCGCUUUGGUAAAGGCUACAGUGUCAUGAUAAAAGUAAUGACUGAUCAGACAAAACAAAAUGGAAUUGCAUUUAGCAAAAACAAUCCUGCAUAUUCCUCAGAAAAUAAUGAAACCAUAUAUGAUCUUGAUACAGUACAACUGCAUGGAAAUCAGCUUGAGAAGACUCAACGUAUCAAAGAAUUCAUGGAAAACACUUUUCCAGGAUCUAUGUUAAUUGAAGACAGACAGGGCUUACUUCAGUAUCAGAUAUUAAAUUCUGACAUUCGGUGGUCCCAGAUGUUUGGAACUCUAGAAGAGAACUCUGCUCGCUUGGGUAUUAUAGACUAUAGUGUCAGUCAAACUUCAUUGGAGCAGGUGUUUAUCAAUUUUGCGAAAUAUCAACAUUCGGAAGAAAGAGCAAAGAGAAAUGUUUGUUGCUCAUGUUCAUGUUUUUAAAUGUUUGUCGCGUGCGCGCCUUUUUUAUUUUAAUCGAUUUAUGAAAUUGUUUGUGUGAUUCUUAAGAAUCUCCAAAAUUUUGUUUUUUGGUUAGCAACAUUUCUGUUUGACGCAAUCGACCGUAUUUAUUCUAUUUAAACACAACUCAUAAUAUUUUCAUGUGUUUUAAGUUUUUUUAUAUGUACAUUAAUCCAGUAUUUUCUAAACUUAUUUAUUGUUUAAUAUUUAUUUGUGAUAUUUAUUUAAUAUCUUACACUUUCAAGAAAGUGAUGCAAAUAACUUUUAUUUGGGGGUGAGUUUUUAUAAAAUGUUUAAACACGAUUAUUUAAAAAUACUUUUUUGUUAAACCAUUGUAGACUUCGAUAAAUCAAAUUAUCUAGAAAAUAGUUUUUUGUAAAAUAA